AUGUCUAAGUUCCCGUGCCUGCGCUUCGAGUCGGCGGUGCAGAUGAUGUCUUCGACGCGCAGCGACGCGCCCGAAGUGCGCGAGUCCAUCGAGGCCAAGGUUACCAACGAUGUUGAGAUGACCGACGCACCCGCCGCCGCCGCCACCUCGGCCGACACCCCUCCCAUGCCCGUCGAUUCCACUGCUGUUCCCGCGAAACCGGACGCUUCCGACAAAAUGGAUGUCGACGCCGACGCCGACGCCGAUGCCGAUGCAGAUGCCGACGUGGAUGCUGAUGCCGACGGUGAAGCGGACGCUGAUGCCGAUGCACCUGGAGAAGUCGACGUCGACGUCGAUGCAGACGCAGACGCUGAUGCCGACGCAGAUGGAGACGCCGAUGCCGAUGCCGACGCUGACGGAGACCCUGACGACGGUGGUGCUUCUCCAGCAGAGUCUGAGCCUGGCGAUCUCUUGGACAUCAUCCAAACCCUCAACACAUAUCUCAGCAACUAUAAGGACGAUGAUGGGGAGUGGUGGGCCGCCAGCUUCCAGCGUAUCCCGAAUAAACGCCAGCUCCCUGACUAUUUCGAAAUCAUCGAGAACCCCAUAGCCUUCAGCACCAUUCGCCACAAAAUAAGUAAAAAGCAGUACAAUGACUUCUCCGAGUUCGUCCGUGACGUUGCCCAGAUCUGUCACAAUGCUCAAGUGUACAACCGACCUUCGUCUGCCAUCUUCAAGGGCGCUACUGUAAUCAGGGAUCUUCUUAAGCAAGAGCUGCAGAAGCUCGUGAACAAGGGUACCAUACAGCCAGCGGAAGCCGAGCUGCCGGAUCUGGGAGAGCUACCGCCUGCCGAAGAAUCCUCCCCAGAGGCUGAGUCCGAAGAAGAGGAAGAAGAGGAGGAGGAGGAAGAGGAGGAAGACGAAGAUGACGACGACGACUCUGACGAUGAUGGGAGAGGGCGUCGCAAUAGGAAGCGGGGGAGAGCAUCAUUCGGCAGACGCCAGACUGGCGAGGCCAGAGAGGAGGACGAGCAUAAGAAACGCGGCCGCCCUCCCAAGGUUCUCACGCCCCUCGAGGCUCGUAUACACAACGUCAUCAAGGGCCUUCGCAAAGUCAAGUCAGACGACGGUGACCUGCUCAUCGGUCCCUUUGAGAAGCUGCCCGACAAGACCAUGAACCCAGACUACUACCAGGUUAUCAAGGACCCCAUUGCGCUGGAUAACAUAAAACGCAAGGCCAAGAGGAAGAAGUACCCGACCGUUGACAGUGUCCUCAAGGACAUUGACCUCAUGUUCAACAACGCCAAACACUACAACGAGGAAGGAAGUGAAAUUUUCGAGGCUGCCGUAGAGCUGCAGAAGCAGGCCCACGGACUGGUAGCGCAGGAGAAGGCCAGACCCGAUGAUGAGUUCCGAGACGAGGACGGCAAACUGCCGUUGGCUGAGAUUCAAUACAACGGCCAAUCGUGGAAAGUUGGUGACUGGGUACACAUUCGCAACGUCAACGACAUGGCCAAGCCCAUUGUCGCUCAGAUUUUCCGCACCUGGCAAGAUCGUGCCGGCCAGCGGUGGAUCAAUGCUUGCUGGUACUACCGUCCCGAACAGACGGUCCACCGAUACGAGAAGCACUUCUUCGAGAACGAAGUGGCCAAGACGGGCCAGUAUCGUGACCACCAGAUCGAAGAGGUUCUCGACCGAUGCUUCGUCAUGUUUGUGACGCGCUUCAACAAGGGGCGGCCUCGCGGUCUGCCACAUGACAAGGAGGUGUAUGUGUGUGAGUCUCGCUACAACGAACAGACGUGCCGCUUCAACAAGAUCAAGACGUGGGCCAGCUGCGUGCCGGACGAGGUGCGGGAAAAGGAUUACGAGAUGGAUUUGUUUGACCAGCCACGGCGGCUCAAGAAGGUGCCCAGCCCGAUCAAGCACCUGCUGCAAGCCGACGCGAAAGAGACGGACGAGCUGCCGAAGCCGACAUGGGGAGCUCCAAACGCACCGCCUAUUAUCGGCGCCGUGCACCGUCGACCCCGGGAAUCGAACGCCUGGUCUGGCUGGGACUGCUUGGCCUUCGGCCAUUCUCACUCCCAGCCGCGCCGCCUUACCUGA